AUCCAUUGAUCGUGUAGCUUUUCCUUCUUAUUGCUGCUUUCGGUCAGAGAUCUUGUUUCAUUCACUUAGUUUGAUUACAUAGAUUCCCAGUAAAAUGUCUACAUUAAUCAGGAGGAUUAUCAGCACAACAAAAGCUCCUGCUGCUAUCGGCCCGUACAGCCAAGCAGUAGUGGUAGAUCGGACCAUGUACAUCUCAGGACAGCUGGGGAUGAAUCCUGCCAGUGGACAGUUGGUGGAUGGGGGUGUUCAGGCUCAAACCAGACAGGCCCUUGUGAAUAUGGGUGAAAUCCUUAAAGCUGCUAGCUGCGAUUAUGCGAAUGUUAUCAAAACCACAGUGCUCUUAGCUGACAUGAACGACUUUACCAAGGUCAACGAAGUUUACAAGCAGUUCUUCAGCACUAACUACCCAGCCAGAGCUGCCUACCAGGUUGCUGCUCUUCCCAGAGGUGGACUGGUUGAGAUUGAAGCAGUCGCUGUAUUGGGCCCUCUGACCGAUGCUUCCUAAAGUAUAUCUAUCAAGCAAUAAAAAACCAACCUGUGCCCACUAAAAAUAAACAGUAUGUGCCUGGUUUUAUAGACCAGUCAAGAGUUGAUCAAACAAAAUUCCUGAAUAGCACUAAUCAUUUUUAUUACAGAUGAAUCAUAUAUUGUAGGGCAUUAAGUGAUUAAGUCCUGUCAUGAACACCUUGCAGACUAACAGCAGUCAGGCUCUAACGUUCUACUCUCUCAUUAACAUUGAUGAGACGUGUUUGGAGACAGCAGUGCAUUUUAAACUGCCUCUGCUAACAUUUCACUUUCAAUAGCUGAGAAGUACAAGCUUGUUUGCUCUUAUUGAAUUAAACUAGCAGUCAUGUUGUCACCAGCCAAACCCCUGGCAGUGUAUCUUCUCUGUUAUUAUGCCAGAUGAUGGAUGAUCAAAUAUAACUCAAUAAUAAAUGUUUUCUUAAUUUGC